AUGUACAAGUUGUACAAGAGCGAGUUGGAUGCGAUCACGCCUGAGCAGGUGGAAUGGGAGCCGUAUGGAAAAGGAGAGAGUUUUGGUAACCCUAUGGAGUUCAGGCUGAAUCCGAUGUGCACUAGGGAUAGGGAUCUCUGGCAUAUGCGGUGCCCACUGAUAUGCAACUGGGCGGUUGAGCUUUACCUGCCACAUCGGGUGUUCCGCCAGUUUGGUUUGUUCCAGCCACACCCGCCGGAGUGGGAGGACACGGACAAGUUGCUACACGCGUUGGAUAGGAAAAAGCAGCGGAAGAUCAAGGAUUGGGCCAACCAUCACAAGAAGUAUGUCAUACAGUUCGCGCUUAGUGUGGAGCAAGCAAGGGAUGGAAAACGAGCCCAGCUUCGUGAGCACUGCCCGAUCGCGUUCAACAACUAUCUCACAUGGUUUCUUGCAAGUACCCACGUGGAGUCAGGAAAGGCAACUCAGUGA